UUUGAGCUCAUGACAUUUUAGAGCUUUGAGCAUUCCAUAAGAGAGAGAAAGAGAGAGCUAGGGUUCUUUCCCCUUCCCUCUCUGCAAUUUUCUUUCCAAAAACAUAAAUUACCCUUUUCUUUGUUGAAGAAGAUAGAUAUGGCCGCAAUGGGUGACCAACAUACCUUGGCAGUCGUUUUUGGUAUCUUAGGUAACAUUAUCUCGGUCCUCGUAUUUAUGGCUCCCGUGCCAACAUUCUACCGGAUUUUCAAGAAGAAAUCAACAGAAAGUUUCCAGUCGCUGCCAUACCAGGUGGCAUUGUUCAGCUGCAUGCUAUGGCUGUACUACGCGUUGAUAAAAAAGGGAGCUUUCCUCCUCAUCACCAUCAACUCAUUCGGAUGUGUUGUCGAGACCAUUUACAUAUCUAUGUACAUAGCUUAUGCUUCAAAGGAUAGCAGAAGAUCAGCUAUGAAACUUUUUGUAGCAAUGAAUGUGAUGCUCUUCUCUUUCAUUCUCAUCCUCACUCAUUUUAUGCUUAAAAACUCGAUUCGAGUCCCGGUUCUCGGCUGGAUUUGUGUCGCCAUCUCCGUAUCGGUGUUUGCAGCACCCUUGAAUAUCAUGGCGAGAGUUGUUCGAACAAAGAGCGUCGAGUUCAUGCCUUUCACCUUAUCAUUUUUCCUCACAUUGAGUGCAGUCAUGUGGUUUGCUUACGGAUUAUUCAUUAAAGACCUUUGUGUAGCUCUCCCUAACGUACUAGGAUUCAUACUGGGAAUGCUCCAGAUGAUUCUAUACGCAAUCUACAGACACAGCGAGAAGGCAAUCAUGGAGGAGAAGAAGCUUCCGGUUCAAGAACAAAUGAAAAGCGUGGUCGUGCUCGGCGCAUUAAACGCCUCCGAAGUUCAUCCCGUAGCUUCAGAUAUUCACAAUGGAAACGCCACCGCAGAGAAGGAAGCCGCCGGUAAUAAACCGGAGGCUGACUCAAAUGAAUGUCCAGUUUGAAUCAAAACACACACCCGAGGCUACUUAAAGAAGACGACUACACAUAUAUAUAAAUAUAUAGACAGAGAUGUAUUAGUUAUGCUGUAAUUUUCAGUCUCCACCAUGUCGAAAUAAUCUUUGUACUUGGCUAUUAUUUUGAAAUACAACCAACCAUGACUUCAUCUUCUUCA